AUGAAAAUUAUUGGUUUAACUGGAGGAAUUGCUUCGGGGAAAUCUACUGUUUGUCGAAUGAUAACUCGUCGAAAUAUUCCAUUAAUCGAUACUGACCUGUUAGCACGCCAAAUAAUUGAACCAGGAAAACCUGCAUAUAAACGGGUUGUCAACCAUUUCACUCGUGAAAUAUUAAAUGAAGAUGGUACAAUAGAUAGAGUGAAAUUAGGUGAAAAAAUGGUAGUAGUAGACGUCCCGUUAUUGAUUGAAACUCGUUUUAAUAAAUUUAUGAGUUCGGUCGUGGUAGUUUAUUGUUCUGACCAAAUUCAAAUAAAUCGGUUGAUUAAGCGUGAUAAUUUUUCCGAAUUAAUUGCUAGACAGCGAAUUAAUUCACAACUUCCACUUAAAGAAAAAAUCAAAUAUGCAAAUUAUAUAAUUGAAAAUUCCGGAGACAUAAAAACAACCGAGGAACAAGUUGAAAAUGUUUUUAAAAAUUUAAAACCAUCUUCAUUGAAUUGGUUAUUAAGUUGGUUGGGACCACCCAUUCUUGCAAUUUCUCUCAUUAUUAAAGGGCUACUAUUUAUAAUUGAUCGGCUUUGA